AUGUUAGUUCUUCUUUUAUGCGUUGUGUCCAUUCAGAUCGUGGUCGGUAAUGGUCCUCCAAAACGUCCGUAUUUUUGGUGCACUAAGGAUUAUCUCUAUCCGUUUCUCUCACGCGCCCUCCCCUCUCUACCUAUUUCACUCUUUCUUUAUCUCUCACUACCCUUUCUCUCUCACUCCAUCCCUCUCUCUCCCUUUCUUCUUACUCUCUCUCUCUCUUUUCUCUCCAUUUCUCUCUCGCUCUAUAUCCCCUCUCUCUCCCUUUUUCUCUUACUCAUUUCCGCUCUCUCUCUCUCUCUCUCUCUCUCUCUAUCUAUCUAUCUAUCUCCUUUUCUCUCUAGCUCUUUCCCCUCUCAAUCCAUUUCUCUCUGCGCUCUCUCUUCUCUCUCUCCCCUCUUUUUCUCUCACCCUUUUCUUGCUCUCUCUCCUCUCUCCCUUUCUGUCUCGCUCACUCUCUCCCUCUCUAUCUUCUUUUCUCCCUCGCUCUCUCCCCUCUCUCCCUGUAUCUCUCGCUCCAUUCCCCACUCUUUCUUUUUCUCUCGCUCUCAUUCACACUCUCUCUCUCCCUCUCUCUCUCCCCUCUCUGUCUCUACUGUUGUGUGUGACCAUAUAGAAACUGUAAAGAAUCUAUUCUUUUCAUCAUUUAUCGAAUUCCGUGUCAGGCGAUAUUGCGACUUGCGCGAAACAAUACAUCUGUCUGUUGCAUUAUUUCAGCUGAGGCGUCUGUCUCAUUAUGAACAGUAUAUUUACCUCUCUACCUUUCUUUCUCCCGUUUCCUUUUCUUUCUUUCUUUCUUUCUUUCUUUCUUUCUUUCUUUCUUCCACUAUUCAUUCUUUCAAUAUUUUCUUUCUUCUUGUGCGUAUAAUAUUUUUUGUUUCUUCUUUCUCCAAUUUGAAAGCGGAUCUCAAAUAUUCUUUCUUUCUUUCUUGCUUUCUUUCUUUCUUUAUUUCUUUCUUUCUUAUCGAUGUUGUUUUUUUUUUAAAUUACUUUACUUUUCAUUUUUGUAAUUAG